AUGUCUCCCAUCACUCCCGUCAACUUUUGCGCCGAGUAUGUCACUACCGUUAGAGACAUCGCCUCUCCCGGCCAUGUCGAGCAGAACUGCGGAACCCAGCACUGCGGCAUCUUGACCGUCAAGGCCAACGACUCGGCUCAGAUCAGCGAGAAACGUGUCCGAGGAAAAGUUACUUUCGCGUCAGAAGUCUCGAAGACCGUCGUGUAUGACCCAACGCAGGCUCCUCGCCCCAACGAGAGGUCCGAACCCGCCUCGCCUGAAGUACAGUCCUCUGCUGAAAAGGCCGGUGACACAAGGGCUUUGCUGCUCUCACGUCUCGCAGCUUCUGCUCCCCCGCCCAAGCCAGCGAAGCAGAAGGUCACCUUCGCCAUAGUAUCCUUCGCACUCAACUACGACAUCAUCCCUGAUCCCUGUCCUCCUGUGAAAUUCCGCACCUCUCUUGAACCUCUCACGGAGUUUACUCGCCACCUUCAGUUGGCUAUGGACUAUGCGAACGGACAGAUGUCUUUCCUUCCGCUUUGCAUCAUGGACUAUGCCGUCGCAUUCGUCAACUGGCUCGCGAAGGAGAUCGAGAAUCCGACGCUUCAUAGGUAUCCGCAGGGCAAACAUCCUAGGGGCCCUGUAGAGAUCUUGAACGCGUAUGAGUCCUAUAAGAACAAGUUGAACUUCACUCGGGCCUAUUUCGUCAAGAUUUGGGGUCCUGGGAGCCAGUUUGAUGUCGGACUCUCCCGGGCUGCAGACGUUCUUCCGACUGUUGCGGAGAUGGUCAAGCAGCGUCUCAGGGUCGAGAGGAAGCUUCCGCCGAUCCUCAAGAACGACGCCGGUUUUCAAACCAGGUACGUGCAACCUCCGAAGCGCUCAAAGUUCACUUUGACCGAGUCUGAACUUGACCGUAAGAUUGAGUUGCAGGGGGAAAGGUUGGUGAAGAAGCUUCGGGCGGUCGACAGUGUGGGUUGUUACACUCGCGUGCCCAAGAACAAGAACCCCAGGGACCUCGGGCUUAAGAGUGCCCUGCGCAGGACAGGCCAUGCUGCUCCCAAGAGGAAGCACGAUAGCUCUACUCCCAGUCCGCCGCAGGCGCAGCAGCGUCCCCACCUCCCGCCGCGCCCUUCCACCCCCAUGGCCAGGCCUCGGGGGCUCAAGGAACUCAGGGAAGCGGGGAUGCCAAGGCUUUCCGUCACAAUGCAGGCUCCCAGCCCUCCAGCCACUGUCCAAGAGGAGGCAGAUGAGGAGCCAGCACCUCCUAGCCCUGUCCCUUCGUCUACAGGCUUUGGACUCGGCACGAAGACCUUGUGUCUUCUUGGGUUCGGCAAAGCCAAGAGGAGGGCGAGCGAGAGCUCCACUGAGAGUGAGAAGAGGGAGAUGAAGAAGAGCUUGUUGUCUCCGAUGAACAAGAUCAGGAGUUUGGGAUGGUAA